AUGGACGAGGUGUGCAAGUCGGUGGCUGCAAAGCCGCACCGUCCAGACUUCACCUGGAACGAGACGCUGGACUUGCGUUUGGUGCCUGUGUUGAAGUCUUCUAUUUCCGAGGUCAGGAUCGACGACUCCUCGUUGACCGUUGCGCUGUCCGCUGUGUCGGUGGACCCGCCGCCCAGGUGGUGGAUCUGGUGCUGGGUGUCGCGCACACGCGUGGUGGUCGUGGGUUUCUCCUUGUACGACGGAGAACUCGAGAACUUGGAAUAUGGCUUCGGAUUGAGAUCCGAGUCCUCAAACUCGGACUCGUCGUCGGAGUCGUCCACCUCCCGCUCGUCAGACUCGGACGAGUCCGAUGACUGA